AUGGCAGACAAAGGCGGUCGUGAUGCCCUGGGCUUCCAAUUUUCGUCAUCGUUACCCAGUCGCGUGCAUCCAGUGGCAGCAUGUGUAUUAUGCAUCUCAGCCCUAGCGUUCGCAUACGCGUUCUACAACGCGUUCCUCCAUCCGUUACGUCACUACCCCGGUCCACUGCUUUGGCGAUCCUUCCGCAUUCCCUAUGUUAUCUCGACGCACCGCGGCGAAAUUCACAAGCGUUUUACUGAGUUCCACACCAAGUAUGGGCCAGUUGUACGUGUGGCCCCUAACGAACUUUCCUAUGCCGACAGUCGUGCAUUGAAAGAGAUCUAUAUCACACGCCCGGGCCAUCUACCCUUCGAACGUAACCGUACCUCAUUCAAGAAGAUGUCACCAACCGAACCUAACUCAAUCGUGAACUGGCAUGAGGAAGAUCAUACGAGGUACAGACGUGCUUUUGCAAAUUCCUUCUCAGAGAAAAGCUUGAAAGAACAAGCACCAGUCAUUGAAAGCUAUGUUGAUCUCUUCAUGGAACAAGUGAAAAAAAGAAAGACUGUCGAUCUUGAGCAAUGGUUGAACUACUUGACUUUUGAUAUCUCUGGAGACUUUACCUAUGGCGAGUCUUGGGAUUGUGUUGCAAAUGGCAAAGCGCAUCCCUGGGUCGACAUUGCCCAGGACUUUGGCAAAGGGCUUGCCUUAAUCGGCUCGAUCAACCAUUACCCUCCCAUCGACAAACUACUCCGACACAUCAUUCCCAAGCGCAUCUUGCAGAGGAGCAUGGAUCAUCGUAAGUUGAGUAUGGAACAAGCUCAGAAGAGAAUAGCGCUGGAUGUAGAGCGGCCGGACUGGGUAACUCCGACAAAGAAGUAUAGUGAUCAGAAGGAUCACUUCACAGACGCUGAGUGGGGAAUCAACUUACUCGUAAUUGCGUUUGCUGGGAGCGAAACUACAGCGAGUGCUCUGACUGCGAUCGUAAGAAUGUUGUUGCAGCACAGAGGUGUCUUGCACCGACUCACAGCAGAGAUCAGGAGUAAUUUCCAGAACGAGAGCGACAUGACGGUAGCAUCGACAAGCAACUUGCCUUAUCUAAACGCGGUCAUCAAUGAGGGCAUGCGACUUGGCCCUCCCAACGCCAUCGGAGUACCUCGCAUUGCUCCCAAAGGCGGAGACACUGUGUGCGACCAAUGGGUUCCUGAAGGCACCUACGUAACCUACAAUCAAUACUCCGCCUAUAGACAACCGUAUAACUUCCGCAACCCAAACUCCUUUAUACCGGAGAGAUUCCUACAUCCAAAGCCAGGACAAGACAACAUGGCUGCGUUUGCGCCUUUUAUGGUGGGUAGACAUAGUUGCAUAGGUGCCAAGGUUGCUAACAACGAGAUGCGACUGAUACUUGCGAGAUUGUUGUGGAGUUUCAAUAUCAGGUUAAAGGAUGAUCUGGACAGGUGGGAUUGGGGAGAGCAGUGCACAUAUCUACUUUGGGAUAAAAAGCCAUUGGAGGUCACCUUGGAAUAUGCUUCCAAAUGA